UUGGUAGCUGGAUUCUAGUAGAUCGCCUAGUAGGCUAGCUAGGUGAGGUAGCAGCAGCUAGUAGGAGUAGCCAUGGAUGUCUGUGGAAGCAGAAACCGAUGCGGUGGUGGAUCGCGAGGAGGUUUUGUCAACGUGGUGAUGGUGAUGGUGGCGGUGGCGGUGGUGGUGGUGAUGACGGCGGUUCCGGUGGGCGGGCAGUCGCCGGACGGCGUGGUGAUCGCGCAGGCCGACCUGCAGGGGCUGCAGGCGAUUCGGCAGGCGCUGGUUGACCCGCGCGGGUUCCUUCGCGGGUGGAACGGCACGGGGCUCGAUGCGUGCUCCGGCUCGUGGGCCGGCGUCAAGUGCGUGCGCGGCAAGGUCGUCGCCAUCCAGCUCCCUUUCAAGGGCCUCGCCGGCGCGCUCUCCGACAAGGUGGGGCAGCUCACGGCGCUGCGCAAGCUCAGCCUCCACGACAACGCGCUUGGGGGCCAGCUGCCGGCCUCGCUCGGCUUCCUCCAGGAGCUCCGGGGGCUCUACCUCUUCAACAACCGCUUCGCCGGCGCCGUGCCGCCGCAGCUCGGCGGCUGCGCGCUCCUGCAGACGCUCGACCUCAGCGGCAACUUCCUCUCCGGCGCCAUCCCCGCCUCCCUCGCCAACGCCACCAAGCUCUUCAGGCUCAACCUCGCGUACAACAACCUCUCCGGUGCCGUGCCCUCCAGCCUCGCCUCUCUCCCUUUCCUCAUGUCCCUUCAGCUCAGCAACAACAAUCUCAGCGGCGAGGUGCCAGCCACCAUUGGCAACCUCAGGAUGCUGCACGAGCUUUCUCUUAGCAACAACCUGAUCAGUGGAAGCAUCCCUGAUGGGAUCGGGAGCCUCUCGAAGCUCCAAAGCUUGGACCUUUCCGGUAAUCUGUUAAGUGGCAUCAUCCCUGUCUCACUCUGCAACAUCACCUCCCUCGUAGAGCUCAAGCUCGAUGGGAAUGACAUCGGGGGGCACAUACCUGACGCCAUUGAUGGGCUCAAGAACCUGACCCAGCUGUCCCUGAGGAGGAAUGUCCUCGACGGGGAGAUUCCGGCGACGGUCGGGAACAUCUCGGCGCUGUCAUUGCUCGACGUGUCGGAGAACAACCUCACCGGAGGGAUUCCCGAGUCCCUGAGCAGAUUGACCAAUCUGUCAUCUUUCAAUGUGUCGUACAAUAAUCUCUCAGGGCCUGUGCCUAUUGCUCUUUCGAGCAAGUUCAAUUCCAGCUCGUUCGUGGGAAACAUCCAGCUCUGUGGGUACAAUGGCUCCGCCAUUUGCACCUCGAUUUCCUCUCCGGCGACCACGGCGUCGCCGCCGCUGCCUUUGUCACAGAGGCCAACACGGAAGCUCAACAAAAGGGAACUCAUCUUUGCAGUCGGAGGCAUCUGCUUGCUGUUCCUGCUCCUCUUCUGCUGCGUCCUCCUCUUCUGGAGGAAAGACAAGCAGGAGAGCGAGUCGCCCAAGAAGGGCGCCAAGGACGCCGCCGACAAGGCGACCGGUAAGACCGGCGGCGGCGGAGCUGGAUCAGGCGGCGGCGCCGGCGGUGGGGAUGGCGGCGGGAAGCUUGUCCACUUCGACGGGCCGCUCUCGUUCACGGCGGAUGACCUGCUGUGCGCGACGGCGGAGAUCCUGGGGAAGAGCACGUACGGCACGGUGUACAAGGCGACCAUGGAGAACGGUACUUUCGUCGCGGUGAAGCGGCUCCGGGAGAAGAUCGCCAAGAACCAGAAGGAGUUCGAGCCGGAGGUGAACGCGCUCGGCAAGCUUCGGCACCCCAACCUCCUCGCCCUCAGGGCCUACUACCUCGGACCCAAGGGCGAGAAGCUCCUCGUCUUCGACUUCAUGACCAAGGGCAACCUCACCUCCUUCCUCCAUGCUCGCGCGCCGGACAGCCCGGCGAGUUGGCCGACGAGGAUGAACAUCUCGAUGGGGGUUGCUCGGGGGCUGCACCACCUGCACGCGGAGGCGAACAUCGUGCACGGCAACCUGACGAGCAACAACAUCCUCCUCGACGAGGGAAACGACGCCAAGAUCGCCGACUGCGGCCUGUCGCGCCUCAUGAACGCGACGGCCAACUCCAACGUCAUCGCCGCAGCGGGCGCGCUGGGUUACCGCGCGCCGGAGCUCUCCAAGCUGAAGAAGGCCAACGCCAAGACCGACAUCUACAGCCUCGGCAUGAUCAUGCUCGAGCUGCUGACCGGCAAGUCGCCGGGCGACACGACCAACGGCCUCGACCUGCCGCAGUGGGUGGCCUCGGUCGUCGAGGAGGAGUGGACCAACGAGGUGUUCGACCUUGAGCUCAUGAAGGACGCGGCCGCGGCCGCAGAGACCGGCGAGGAGCUAGUGAAGACGCUCAAGCUGGCGCUGCAUUGCGUCGAUCCUUCACCGGCGGCGCGGCCAGAGGCCCAGCAGGUCCUCAGACAGCUCGAGCAGAUCAAGCCCUCGGUGGCAGUGUCGGCCUCCUCGUCCUUCACCGGCGAGCCAAGCCAAACUACUGCGACCGCGACCACGAUCACCGACGACACAAAAUCGACUAUUACAGAGUAGUCAGCCUCUUGCAGACUGAAAAAGCUUCAGUUAUUAGUUACUUCAGAUUCUCAAUAAGUAGACUUCAGAGUCUAUUUUUCGGUCUGUAUAUAAGGUUUUCAGGGAGUAGGAUAAUUUUGGUGCUCAUGCCAUUCUUUGUUUCCUAAAUUCUUUUGUAUCUGCCAGAAGCACUCCUGGUUAUCAGAAGAUGAUUUGCGAGUGCUGGCUUCUCACUAAAUUUCAUGCAAACUUUCAGUGCUUCAGCACUUCAUGCAUUGCAAAAUUUUAUCAUUCCAAAGCAAUGGAUUUAUUUCUAUGG